AUCGCGAUUUCCUCCCACCAUAUAAUUCCAAUACAGCUGAUGAUCUCUCUCCCGUUCGUCUGCUCCAUUGAGAUUUGCCGGAUGACUACAUAAAACUUCACAUUUAAAUUCUCAGAUAACUGAAACACGACCGAACAUAAUGGCGCUGAACUUAUUAAGAACGGGUGGUGCGACUAUCGGUAUCCGUAGUUUAAGAACAAAAAGUUCGACUCUUUUGACUGUUCGAGUUUCCAUAUCCGGCAAUGAAAUUCGAAACUAUAGCACUCAGAACAGCGAGAAAGGCUUCCGUUUGGAGAGGGAUACAUUUGGUGAGCUGAAAGUUCCGGCGGACAAGUAUUAUGGAGCCCAAACUUUGAGAUCGGUGAUGAAUUUUCCAAUUGGAGAUACCUUCGAACGUAUGCCGUACGGAGUAAUAGUGGCAAUGGGAAUUCUGAAAAAAGCAGCUGCUGAAGUGAACAAAGAAUUUGGUCUGGACCCAAAAGUCGCGGAUGCAAUAAGCAAAGCGGCGGACGACGUUAUAAGCGGAAAAUUGUACAACGAUCAUUUUCCCUUGGUGAUCUGGCAAACGGGCUCGGGUACUCAGUCAAACAUGAACACGAACGAGGUGAUAUCGAAUCGCGCGAUCGAAAUCAUGGGAGGUGAAUUAGGCUCGAAGAAACCGGUUCAUCCUAACGACCAUGUCAACAUGUCGCAAAGCUCAAACGACACUUUCCCAACGGCUAUGCACAUUGCGGUUGCUCUUGAAAUCAACAAAGUAUUAUUGCCUGGAUUGAAGCAGUUGCACGAAGCGUUGAAACAAAAGUCGGAUGAGUGGAAGGACAUCAUAAAGAUCGGUAGGACGCAUACUCAGGACGCAGUACCACUAACUCUUGGACAAGAAUUCUCGGCCUAUGCAACUCAAGUGGAAUAUGGAAUCGCAAGGGUGAAGGAUACACUGCCACGAUUGUACCAAUUGGCACUCGGCGGAACAGCAGUAGGAACAGGAUUGAACACGAGAAAAGGAUUUGCUGAGAAGACUGCUGCAAAAAUAGCGAGUCUAACCGGUUAUCCCUUCAUAACCGCACCCAACAAAUUCGAAGCUCUCGCCGCUCACGAUGCUAUAGUCGAGGUUCACGGUGCUCUCAAUACCGUCGCCGUUUCGAUCAUGAAGAUCGCGAACGACAUAAGAUUUUUGGGUAGCGGACCUCGUUGUGGGUUGGGUGAGCUUUCUUUACCGGAAAACGAGCCCGGCAGUUCGAUAAUGCCUGGUAAAGUAAAUCCUACGCAGUGCGAAGCCAUAACGAUGGUUUGCGCCCAAGUAAUGGGGAAUCACGUUGCUACUACGAUAGCCGGAAGUAAUGGACACUUUGAACUAAACGUUUUCAAACCCGUUAUGGUUGCCAAUACACUGCGAUCGGCGAGAUUAUUGGGUGAUGCUUCAGCGGCGUUUACGAAGAACUGUGUCAUCGGCAUUGUUCCGAACGUCGAUAAUAUUGCUAAAAUUAUGAACGAGAGUCUUAUGCUGGUAACGGCUCUCAAUCCUCACAUCGGUUAUGACAAGGCUGCGAAAAUCGCCAAGCAAGCGCACAAAGAAAAACUCACGCUCAAGGAAUCCGCCCUGAAGAACGGUCUUACCUCGGAACAAUUUGACCAAUGGGUUAGGCCUGAACAAAUGUUGGGACCCAAGUGAUUACGCUGAAUACGUCUCUUACGGAAGAAGAUAAAAAUAUUGUUUACCAUACGUAUCCCCUUCCCUCGUUAGUCGGGAAUACGUGCGCACGCAACUAUACUCAAAGGCAAUAUCGGAAUAAUUGUUUGAACAAUAAAAACGCAAACAAAUUUAAUCGAACGAUUAAAUCGUCGUAAAACGAA